CUGUGUGUCCCCUGAAAAGCCAUGUGGGGCUGCCUGGUGGCCCUCAUGGGCCUGUUCUUCCUGGUGCGCUGGUACCGCGAGAGGCAGGUGGUGAGCCAGCUGACAGACAAGUAUGUCUUCAUCACAGGCUGCGACUCGGGCUUUGGGAACCUGCUGGCCAGGCAGCUGGACAUGAGGGGCCUGAGGGUGCUGGCCGCAUGUCUGACAGAGAAGGGGGCUGAACAGCUGAGGCGGCAGACAUCGGACAGGGUGGAGACGGUGAUCCUGGAUGUCACACAGACGGAGAGCAUCACUGCGGCUGCCCAGUGGGUGAAGGAGCAUGUGGGAGACAGAGGACUCUGGGGACUGGUGAACAAUGCUGGCAUCGCCUUGCCUUCAGCCCCCAAUGAGUGGUUGACCAAACAGGACUUUGUGGACAUGCUCAAUGUGAACCUUCUGGGGACGAUUGAAGUGACUCUGAACCUGCUGCCCUUGGUGAGGAAGGCCCGGGGCCGUGUGGUCAAUGUCUCCAGCUUUUUGGGCCGUCUGUCACCAUUUGGUGGUGGCUACUGCAUUUCCAAGUACGGUGUGGAGGCCUUCUCAGACUCACUCAGGAGGGAACUCUCACCGUUUGGGGUGAAGGUGGCCAUGAUUGAACCCGGUUACUUCCAGACCAACAUAGUGGACAAAAAGAAAUUUAGGCAGUCUAUGGAGGCCAUAUGGAACCAGGCCAACCCCGAGGUCAAGAAGGUCUAUGGCCAGGAGUUUCUGGAAGCCUACAUUAAAUUGAGUCAUCUAUUGAAGCCGCUCUUUGGUCAGGACCUUCCCCUGGUGACUGACUGCAUGGAGCAUGCACUGACUGCAAGCCACCCCCGCACCCGCUACUCUGCUGGCUGGGACGCCAAGUUCUUCUACAUCCCUCUGAGCUACAUGCCCACCUGCCUGGUGGAUGCCAUGAUCUGCUGGUUGAGCCCGAAACCAGCUCAAGCCCUGUGA